AUGCUUGAUAUAGAAGCAUUUACAUUUUUAAAUAGAGCCUUAGAAUCUACUCUAGCUCCUAUUGUCAUAUUGGCUACUAAUAGAGGUUACUCUUAAAUUAGAGGUACUGAUAUCAAUAGUCCUCAUGGAUUACCAGUCGAUCUCUUGGAUAGAUUGUUGAUCAUAAGAACUACUCCAUAUAACUUAGAAGAUAUCAUUAAAAUAUUGGCAAUCAGAGCCUAAACUGAGGGACUUAAGAUAACAGAAGAAGCAUUACAAGACUUGAGUAGCAUUGGUAAUCAAUCAUCUUUAAGAUUUGCUAUCCUAUUGCUAACACCUGCCAAUAUUUUAGCUUAAACUUCUGGAAGAGAGGAAAUUGCCAUAUAAGAUAUAUAGGAAGUUCAUGAGCUUUUUUUACAUGCAAAAUAAAGUGCUAAAGUUUUAGAAUAAUAAGCAGACAAAUAUAUUAGUUGAGUUUUAUUUUGAAAAUUGUAUAAGUAAUUUGUAUAUAAUUCGAAUUCC